CCAUUAAAAUUUCAUUCUCAUCUCUUCUUUGUUGAGAAAGUUAGAGAUGAGAUCAGCUAUGUCUAUGGCCUUUCUCAAAAUCAUCAGGGCCUUCCUCUUUCUCCUCCUUCUUGCAAUUUCCUUGCUUUCUUCGCCUGCGCUCUCUGAUGGUGAGGAAGAAAUCGUUCUUCAGGGGCUGAACAGUUUCAGGACAGCCAUGAGCCUGCCAGCCUUGACACUUAACGAAAAUGCAGCAUGCCUCGCUGACAAAUUUGCCGACCAGAUACUAGAGGACAUACCAUGUUCUUCAAACUCUCCUCUGUUGCAGAACUACCCUGACGUUUUAGCCUACUGUGGCGUUGAUGUCAGUCAAACUAGAGAAGGUGCAGUUCUGCCGGUUUGCGUGCCCCAAUUAGUUCCAAAUCUUCUGCUUUCCAAUUUGACAAAUGCCCUUCAGUAUGUCAAAUACUUGACUGACGCCAAGUUCACCGGUGCCGGACUCGGCACCGAAGAUAACUGGAUGGUGAUCAUUUUGAGCACCAACACCCCCGGUGGUAGCUUCGGCUCUGACAUAAACACCUUCAUUUCAAAUGAUACGAUGCCACAAGCACCAGUAGAUUCAGGUGGCCAGCAGCAAGGAAAUGCAAGUGAUGCCGUCGAUCUUUUCAAAUCACUCAACUGUCACAGAGCAUUUUUAGACCUCCCAACUUUCGUCGAGAACAAAGAAACAGGAUGCUUUGCAGGUGAACUUGCUCAAAAACUAGGAGACCAACCAUGCAAUGAGGCCAAUAGCAGCAGCGCUAGCAACCCUCUUCAACUAGACCAGUAUCCUGAAAUCUUAUCCAAGUGUAACAUCGACAUUAACAACACUAAAGACGACGUCGCAUUGCCUGUUUGCGUGCCCCAGUUGGCUCCAACCAAAGUUUUUACUAAUUACACACGCACCGACUAUGCCCAAUACAUAAAUGAUUCGAAUUUUGCUGAAGCUGGAGUUGGGUCUAAAGGUGAUUGGAUGGUUGUCGUUUUGAGCACAAAUACUGCUCAAAACGUCACCGUAGCUGGAGACUUUGCAUUAGCCAAUGUUUUGGUUACGACCAAGAAAGGGCAAUUUGCAGCUGGAUCAGCCAAUAGUUUGGUUUCCAAGGUUGGUUUUGGUCAUUGCUUGAUGUCUUUCUUGCUGGGGAUGCUUGCUUAUGGUGGAGUGCUUUAGCCUGGUGGUCGUGACGAAGACUCAGAAUCACCAAUUUGGCGAAUUUACGCUGAAUUGGCAGUCGAUUAUCUAAUAAUACUAUGAAUUAAAGUGCACUAUCACUGACUGUGUUUGAUAUAUGAAGCAGUUCAUAUGUAUAUACGUAAUUUUAUAUGUGUACGUAUUUGUGAUGUAUGUAGUUAUACGUAUAUAAAUAAUGAAUGCAUGUGUUUGUC